AGCCUCCGGUCUGUUUUCUCCGCACACACAGACGGACGGAAGCGUGAUAUGGUUGCGGGUACUCAGCUGUUCAGAUUGCUCUUAGAGAGGUCGAGGAGCAAUUGUCAAGACAUGGACUUUAGCCAAAAGAAGCAGUGAAAACUGCUUGACUCUCUGGACUGGACACUCAACACAUCAGCUGACCUUGGAUAACUCAAAGGAGGGAAUCGUGUGACGCAAGUUCCAUUAUGGCGGUCCCAGAUGACCUCUCCGUUUUCAACACCACCUCUUCCCCUUAUUCAUCCACGGAGGUUUUUGCCAACACCACAGAAUACUCGAACGCCACUGCCGCCCCCUGCACAGACUGGCCUCCUGUACCGAUGACCACGGUGAUCCCCUCCAUCUACAGCGUUAUCUGCGUGCUGGGAAUCCUCGGCAACGCCUUGGCGGUGGGCGUGUUGGCCCACGCCAGCGCCUCAAGGAGGACCGUAGCUAACACCUUCAUGCUGAACCUGUGCGUGUCCGACCUGCUGUGCCUGCUGUCUCUGCCGCUGUGGGCCGUCUACUACUCCCGGGGCUACAGCUGGCCCUUUGGUCAGGUGGCGUGCAAAAUCUGCGGAACUCUCCACAACCUGAACCUCUACGCCUCCAUCUUCUUCAUCACGUGCAUGAGCAUGGACCGCUACCUGGCCAUCGUCUAUCCGCUCCGCUCCCAGAGUGCUCGAUACCCCAGACGUGCCCGGCUCACGUGCAUCCUGGUGUGGGUUCUGGCAUGUGCCUGCUCGGCCCCUACCUUGACCCUGAGAGACACUUACUACAUUGAGGGGCUUGGAGUGGAGGCCUGUGUGAUUUUUUACCCCGACAACACCUGGUACAGGACGCUGACCUGGAUGAAGAUCGUCGUGGCGUUCGUGCUGCCGCUGCUGGUCAUCUCUUGUUGCUACUGUGCGAUUGGUAGACAUUUGUUAGCUGACACAGGUUUGGCAAGAAUGCAGAAACCAUCCCACCCCGUCCACAGCAUGCCCUCUUUUAAAUCACUGGAGUCCCAGGAGGGUCAUAGUAGACCAGAGAGACCCCCGACCCCCAGCGUGACUCCCAGCCACAGCGGGGGCAGACCCCUGGGGGGCAGGGGGCUGGAGAGGGUGCUGUGGACAGUGGCCGCCGUGGUCCUUGCGUUCUUCCUCUGCUGGUUCCCCUUUCACUGCGUGACCUUCAUAGACGUGCUGAUGAGCGAGGGCUGGCUGGAUAGCUGCUGGGCAACCUGGACCAUCCAGAACCUCACCCCUCUCACCCUGUGCUUGGGCUUCUCCAACUCGGCCAUCAACCCCGUGCUCUACUGCUUCAUCGGGAAUCAUUUCCGGGGCCGACUCAGGGGCCUCUGCAAAGGCCUGAGUGCUUGUUUGAAGGCCCGUGGGGAGGAACACAGCCAGAAGAGAGGCUCCUUCAGCACCAGGCUGAGCUCCUUCUCUCGGAAACUUAGCGACCUCAAAGACCUGGCGAUUGUGGAGCCCUCCGGUCCCGCUUAGCAAGGCCCCCCGACACCUCCCCGAAGAAUGGACGUCAAAUGACUGCUGAACUCCAAUAAGCACGCAUGUGUUAGAUGGAGCUGCUACUAUAAUUGACUGAGUCAGAUUCCUGCAGAGCUCAACUCUGCCUUACAAAGACAGGAAGAGUAACUACAGAAAAGAGAAAAAGGAGAUUUAAAGAGGGGUUUAAAGAAUCUAACAAACAGAUAAAUGUAAUGCUUUUUCUUUUUUUUUUAGAGACAGAUUAUUUAACACACUUGAUUUGGAUAAUCUUAAAGCAGUUAAGCAGAUGUUAUGUUAUUCACAGUCUGUUCUUUUUCUUCUUCUUCUUCUUUUGGCCACAGCAGGCAGCUCAUCUGAGUGACAAAACUCUAAAAACUCACUGUACACAUCUUCUCAGCAGGAAAACAGAUGACAGACACAGUAGGCAAGUAGCGAGUGGAGGUAGUGAAGCGUUUAGUUGCUAAAUAACCAAAUAUAGCGCUAUAAAGGAAGCUUAGAAGGAGUGAAUGCUACACUUUUACUCACCAGGUGAAUACGAGUCCGAAUGAUAAUGUUGCUCGGCUGCAUGUGUAAAGCAAGCAACAGUUUCCUAACAAGUUUUCUAACAUUGACUCGGAAGGCGUCGAUACUUCAAUGUUUUAUUCACAACUCGUUUCUGCGCCCCCAGAGAGGCAAAAAUAAACAAAUAAAUGAUUUUUAAGAACUCUUACCAGUUACUGUGAACAAGAAAAUGCCUUUAGGGGACUCUAGAGCGAGGCUAAGAUAAGCUAGCAAAAUAUUUUCGCUUGCUCUGUCACAUUAUUGUUUCUUCCUUCUUGUCGAGUUGAUUAAAAUGCUCCAUUAAUACAAAUUUACAGGCCAACUUGCUAAAAUAUGUUGGAUAAUCAAAGCAGACUUCCUGAAUUAAAGGUAAUUGGUUGUAAAUUCAGCUUUAGGCUGUGACUAGCUCACCAGCUAAUGUCAGCUAAGGCCUUUAGGGGAAUCUAGAGUGAGGCUAAGAUAAGCUAGCAAAACAUUUUAGCUUGCUCUGUCACGUUAUUGUUUCUUCCUCCUAGUCACGUUGAUUAAAAAUGCUCAAUUAAUACAAAAUUACAGGCCAACUUGCUAAAAUGUGUUGGAUAAUCAAAGCAGACUUCCUGAAUUAAAGGUACUUGGUUGUAAAUUUAGCUUUAGGCCGUGGCUAUCUCACCAGCUAAUGUCAGUUUGCUUUUUAAUCUCUGUUUGGUAGUUUUGCAAAUGUUAGGCUACAUGUGUAUUCUGUGUCAAUUUGCAUUACAUGACAAUAUUUUAUACUAUAAAUCAAAUGUCAGACAACUAACUUCAUCUCAACUGAAUUUGUGGUCACUACAUUUUGGCUAAAAGAUAAAUAAGCUACAGCUGUGAGGACAAAUAUUAGCUAGCCACAUGCUAAUUUUACUGUUCUUUUUUUGGGUGGGACCGAGCUAUUAUACGUGUAAUCAUCUUGUAAUAUUUUUAUCUUGUUAUUCUGUAAAGUCAGUUUUAAGUGAUUAAUAAAUAAUAUGAAGAAAGAUUUCCCUACAAACUC